AUGGCUGGAAAUUCUCAGCGGGCAGCUGGAGGUGAUCCGGUUAAGCCGAAGGUUGCACUUAUCACAGGAAUAACAGGCCAAGAUGGAUCCUAUCUAGCUGAAUUGCUCCUCAGGAAGGGUUAUAUCGUUCACGGCAUCAUUCGGCGGUCUAGUUCAUUUAACACGGCAAGAGUGGAGCAUCUUUAUCAGGAUCCUGUGAAAUUUCGGAAUAAACGUUCGCUUUAUGUGUUUUGA